AUGGAUCAAUUGAAUAAAGUACUUUCAAUCUGCUCAAGUAUAGUUUCAGCUCAGCCUACGACAACAAAAUAUCCAAUAUGUACAUUAAUCGGUAGAAUUGGUCAAUCAAAUACCUGCAAUAAACACCUGAUAAAACUAGACCAUGGUUCAGUAAUUCAAUGCCUCAAAAACAUUUACCAAAAUCUUUUUAACUCUGCAUCGCUGACCCUUUAUUUAAAUAUUGAAGAGUCACUAAAAAGCUUUAUAACACCCACAACAACACCAUUUUCAAAUAAUACAAAUAUAAUCCUCAAUGAUAAUGGAGAUAUGGAAAUGCAAGAACUGCACUCAUCACAGCAAGAAAACUUUAUUAAAAUGUAUUUGGAUCAAAUUAUACCAAAAGAAGAAAAGAAAAGAAUUGAAGAUUUCUUAAAUUCAAAACCACAAACCUACUCUACAAUACCAUUGAAUGACAAACGUUUCAUUGAAGAAAUUAAUGAAAUUCAAAAAUUUGACCAUUUUAGAAAGAGUAAUUUAAGAGAAAGAUAUAAUAUUUUAGAUUGCCAAAAAAUAAAAAUCAAUCAAAUUUUACCAAUUAACAAACCGUCAUCACCAUUAUCAUCACCAACAUUAACAUCAUCAAAUGGUAAACUAAUGCUCUCAUCGAAUGGUAAAUUAACAAGCUCAACCCCACCCAAAGGUUUCAGCAAAGAUGAAUGCAACUAUGGUUUAGAACUAGUCAGAGAAGGUAUUUCGAGGAUAAAGAAACAAAUAGAAUUUGGUAUAAGAAUGGACAAAGACACUCUUGAUAACUAUAGAAGAAAUGUUAAACAAACUGCUGAUCAAAUUAUAGAACUACACGAUAACUUGUUUUAUAUAAAAUAA